GGAGUGAACUGUAACAUGCUGCUUCUGCCCUUCUGUCACUUCUUUUUCCGUGCAGAAUUCAAACCGAGCUACGUCCGGAAUCGCUCCGUCCGUUCCGUGUCUGUGGAGCUGGCUGGAGCUGUUUAUAACCUGGGAUUAGAGGAUGGAUACCAGCCCAUCUUCCCAAGGAACAUCUCCAAGCGUCACAAGGUGCAGAGGGCUGUUCUCCGUGAGGAGGAGGACAGAGACAUGGGGGAGUACAGUGGCACUGGUGGCAUUGCAGAGUACACAGCCCCUAACCUGAUCAAAGUGACCCACAGGUGUUACAUCCUGGAGAAUGACACUGUUCAGUGUGACACAGAUCUGUACAGGUCACUGCAGGCUUGGAAGGACCAUAAACUUCAUAUUGACCACGAGACAUUUCAGAGAUAAUUAAGUCAGUACAAG